ACGAUGACUCGUCGAAUGCAUAUUGCUUACGUGGAGAUUGAGGACAUGGAAAAGUAGUGAAUGCGAUUCUGUCAUUCUUCUCAUAAGGCCAGGUUAUGCAGGUGGCUACCGGUAGGUGCGGCAAAAUACGGUAUUACUGUAACGCCGUUAGAGACUGGGGCCACCCCUGAUUAUGUAUGGUCAUUAUGGUUGAGCAUCUUCACAGGCGGAGGGAAAAGGCUCAUUGACUCUGUCGACACUUCUGCUGCUGCUGCUGAAAGUGAUGAAGAUCAUGAUGAUAUGAUCCCGCGAUCACGAUGGUUGCAACGACGACGAUAUGAUGAUGAUGAUGACGAGGAGGAGGAGGAGGAGGAGAAGGAGGAGAAGGAGGUGGAACAUGGUGCUGUGACAUUCUUCUCCCUUCUCAAUGGUGUCCAGGAUUGUUGUGAUGGCGGUCACCGCAAGGACAUGGGUUGUCCCCCCAUCCCGUGUAGUGGGUAUAGUUACGGCCAGCCUAAGACUUGUGGUUCUCCAGCAUCAUCUUCAUCGACUUGUAAACCGUCACCAUCAACGUUGACCUUGCGAUCAUCCCGACCAUCGUCGUCAUCUACAUCUAUGGAUUGUGGAACGCUGCCGUCUCCAGCACAACCACUGUCAUCUUCUUCGCCACUGCCAUCGUUGUCAUUGUCGUCAUCACCGUCGGCAUCAUCAUCGUCAUCGUCAUCACCGUCAUCAUCAUUGCCAUUAUCAUCGCACUCAGAACGCGUGGUGCUUCGAUCAUCAUCAUCAUCAUCAUCCUCGUUUCUGCGGUCAAUCUGUGGCUUGCCGCUUGUAAUUGCGAUCACGUGGAUGCUGAUGGGGUUAGCCAAGCCCAGAAUACACAGCUUGGUUGUUAUCCUGUCACCGGAGAGGAGCACCACUGUGCCACUCAUCCUUGUUGUCAUCGCUAUUGUUGUCACGUUGAUGGUGCACGUUUUUUCGGCAAUCAAUGCGGUGGUGUGUCAGUUUGCGACUGGAGAGAGGAAUUUUGAUAGAAGGGACACUUCUUCUGUCCUGCCUUCUUCUCCUCAUCCUCCCGCUCCUCAGCCAGGACAGCAAGCUGACUCUGGCUGCGGAAGUUCUUCUGUUGAGGAGUUCUUUACCCCAAUAGGGUCGAAGAGGUACAGUGCAUCUCAUAAGGAUGGAAUGGACGACACGACCGAGGCCCCCGAUGAGAACACAGAUGGAGUCUCAAGCUUGAGCAGGGAGAUUGGGAGGGAGACUUCAGAGACAUCCCCCUUGGAAUCAGACUACCCGGUUGUGGAGAGAAGAAAAAGGCUGCCCGAGCCAAAGCAGAAAGAGAAAUCCGUCAGUUUGUGGUCAAUCAUAAAGGAAAACGUUGGGAAAGACCUUACCCGGGUCUGCCUACCAGUCUAUUUCAAUGAGCCGCUAUCCGCUUUGCAGAGAGCAUUUGAAGAGCUUGAGUACUCAUAUCUUCUGGAUCGAGCAUACAAGCUGGGUAAACAGGGUGAUAGUGAAGGCAGGAUUUUGAACGUGGCUGCGUUUGCUGUGUCUGGAUAUGCAUCAACGGAGGGGCGGACGAACAAGCCGUUCAACCCAUUGCUGGGGGAGACGUAUGAAGCAGAAAGACCUGAGCAAGGUCUGCGGUUUUUUGCAGAGAAAGUUAGUCACCAUCCAACCAUAGUUGCUUGCCAUUGUGAUGGGAGAGGAUGGAAAUUCUGGGGAGAUUCGAACCUCAAAAGCAAGUUCUGGGGGCGCUCAAUUCAAGUUGAUCCCGUGGGAAUUCUGACGCUUGCUUUUGAUGAUGGUGAAGUUUUCACUUGGAGCAAGGUGACUUCGUCGAUAUAUAAUAUUAUCAUUGGGAAACUUUAUAUUGAUCAUUAUGGCACGAUGAGGAUCCAGGGGAACCGUGACCUUUCCUGCAAGUUGAAGUUCAAGGAGCAGUCGAUCAUUGAUCGUAAUCCUCAUCAGGUGAAAGGUCUUGUCACAAACUCGAAGGGGGAGAAGCUCGCAACAUUGUUUGGUAAAUGGGAUGAAAACAUGUACUAUGUGAAGGGUGAUCUAGAUGCAGCAGGCAGAGAACAAGCACCAGAUCCGAAGCUGCUGUGGAAGCGAAACCCUCCAGCAGAGCACCCAACUCGCUAUGGGCUCACAUCAUUUGCAAUCACACUGAACGAGCUGAGUCCAGAACUGAAGGAACUCCUUCCUCCAACAGACUCGAGGUUACGCCCUGAUCAACGAUGUCUCGAGGAGGGUCUCUAUGACGAGGCUAAUGCGGAAAAGCUCCGCCUCGAGCUAAAACAACGCCAGGCCAGAAAACUUCAGGAAACAGGCUGGAAACCAAGAUGGUUUGUCAAAGAACCCGGAUCCCCAACUUUCAGGUACAAGGGUGGAUAUUGGGAGGCAAGGCAUGCGCACAGUUUUCAGGAAUGCCCACAAAUCUUUGCUCCUGACCCACCUAGUCCGGAACAUGGGGAGGAACACAACUGAUGCUUUGAUGUGUUCUUACACUGCCUCCAUUUGGACAUGGUCUGGUGGUACUCGGUAUGUGAUAUCAGCUUUGGCAGUGCAGAUGCGACUAAGUGAGAGCAUUAGACAGGUGUAAGGGAGGGGACCUGAAAGGUAUGGCUUUGAGUAAUAGAGUGGAAAGCCUGCACGGUACCAGAUCAUGUCGUGAAUUUUCUGUCUUAAUGCCCAUUUCUAGAAUCAGAUGAUUAAUGGGACUGGCAGAACGCUAAACGGUGUGCAGUCGAGUGGAGAGAUGGAAACUCCAAUGAUUGCGGUUGUUGCAGUGAUGGAUGGUGAUCCUAAUGGUAGUCAUUCAGUGAAGCACAAUUGAUCUGAUGCGUCCAAGGGCGCUGCGCUGCAGCCGAGUGGGUUCAACGGCUUUGCCUUAGACUGGGUCACAAUCUGGACGAUAGUUUUGGUAUCUGGCCUUUCAGAAGUUGUGCAGUAGUAGAAAUUAUAUCGGUGGAAUAGUAGUAGGAGUGGAGUGUGUUAGGUUUCUCCGAUGCUCUCGUGUUUCCUGAUGUGACUUUAGCUGAAGUGGCAGCAUGUUGAGCGACAACAUCAAAUCCAUGGCAGUAGACUGGAAGGGAGGGGAGACUCUGGAGGCAAUCGAUUGGUGGUGCUUUGAAAGGCAGGAAGGUUGGACCCGGUGGACCACUGAUUAUUUGAUUCUGUACAUUGAAUGACACUUUAGGUCUGCAGCGCGACCUAAAGGCUGGACCCAUUGCGUCAUUGCGGCUCUGUAGCCAACUCUUCAUGACUGCACACACGGUCAGACCUUAUCUUAUCGGUUCUUCGAUGCAAGGCACUGCACGACAGGCAACAUCACCGAAGUCACCAGCGACUGCCAGAUCUGCAGCAUCACACUUGCAAGGGGUGGUGUUCUGGAAUCCCCUGGUUUACAGAGUAGGCGGCCUCUCUCUUCCAGAAUCUUUCCAGUGCUGUGUUGACAAGCAGAUCGAGAGGACACCUGCCUUGAGUGCCAGCAUUCCACUUCUACGGAUGCUGGGAGUGAUAUGACAGCUGAGGGAGAGGUUCUUGUUGUAGGGAAAGAGGGGGAUCUUAAAGCCGGUGGGGUGGGGUUGAAGCUGAUGCUGCAAAUUAGCCACUUUACUUUUGCGAGGUUUUUUUGUUUCACUUGGAAGGAAGCCCAUGAUUUCUGGACUCAUCUUUCAGGUUAGGUCAAACGAGCAAGUCUGGGUCUGGUUUUACUACUGCGAGAAAGGGCGAUCUCAUGUUGGGGUCCGUCUUUGCACACUGUACAUUUCAUCAUUAUUCUUGAUGACAAGGUGAGAAUCGCUUAUCAUAAUCGAGGCUAUCUCAUCCAUCAAUCCUUCUCAACGCCAGAGGUGCUCGUAUGUUUUGGGUGUGUGCGCACAUGUGCAUGUUUGUGCACACCCACACAUGUUUAAUGUGGGUGUGUUCUCUGUGGUGCUAUGCGUGUGUGGAGGUGGUGUGGUAGCUGUCCGUGGCAACAGGUGCAGGGCUUAAUGGGUUGUUGCACGAGUUUUAGGAGGUAGACCUAGAGAUUGUGGGUCAAAUCAGGAUGGAACUGCGUAUAUGGGCCUCGGGAUAUGGGACGUAGUGAGCUGACUGGGUCUGGUGGACAUGGUGCAGGCUAGAGUCGUUGAGAGGAUAAACAAAUGGAGGGCUGAGGUGGUGGUGAACUCCAAGCCUGGAAUCAGAUUAGAGCCAUGAGUUCUCUCUCUGGUGACUGUUCUGCAUGCGGGUAGGAUGCCAUCACCUUGGCUGUCUCAAUGUGUUUGCUGCCGAUGUAGAUCCUUGAAGUGAAAAUUUAGAACCGUUUCGGAUGCAUGACAAUUUCUCAUGGGGGACUGGCUGAUGUCUUGUGGACACACUUGACACAGCUUCAAGUGGUCGAAUACAAGGUGAAACGUUGUUGUAGGGGGAAUGAAUAAGGCAGGCAGGUAUGAUCGCCUUUUGCUCAUCUGCACCCAUUUAUUUGUCGAUCUUAUGCUACUUGUAUGUAGUGCCUCCAUCUUUUACUCGUGCGCAGUGCAUCCAUGUUUCACUUUAUGUAGUUUAUCUGUGAAUAGGUUUUGCCUGAAUGCCACUGGAUGCACCUCUGUGUUGGUGACGAGUCCAAGGAUAGAGAGCGACAGAUCCCACACCUUGUGCAGUUUUCCAGGGUGUUCCGCCGAAGUGGAUUGGCGCUUAUGCCGCCAGUGCAGAAGCAUUUCAGGUAUUUCUUCUCCCCUAGCGGGUAGUGAAAGGUCAAAUAUUCAGUAAUGUGCGAUAGCUCAUAGGUAACGCGGUGAAAGAGGUGUUGAUCAUGAUGGGAGGUUUCUUGGAUUGCUUGGAGAUUAAGCCUGUGAGGUCCUAAGGGACAGAGGGUUAAAACCGGCCUUCGGUGGCUCCAGUCAAGGAAGACCCAGGAAGCGCAGAAUCUUGCACUUUCUUCUCUUAACAAUUUGACAAACUUUUUUGUGCACAUUCAUCAUACCGACAGUGUGGAGAAGGGAGCUCCUUUCUCAGUGGCUGUUCAUUACCAUAACCAAUUCCUGUGACCCCUGUUUGAAGCAGGAAAGACUCAUUCUGGCGGCCGGCUCCGUGCCAUUAUGGCCAAUCCCUUUUUAUUUGUGUUUCUUUGUGUGUGUGUGUGUGUUGACGUGUGUGUCUGAUGAUGUGUGUUUGUGUGACAAUGUGUGUGUGUGUGUGUGUGUGUGUGUGUGUGUGUGUGUGUGCAUCUCGCU